AUGGAUUUUGGAGAAGUGGAUGGAAUCUGGGAGAAGGGGAUGGAAUCUGGGAGAAGGGAUGGAAUCUGGGACAAAGGGAUGAAUCUGGAGAAGGGGUGGAAUCUGGGAGAAGGGGAUGAACUCUGGGAGAAGGGGAUGGAAUCUGGGAGAAGGGGAUGGAAUCUGGGAGAAGGGGAUGGAAUCUGGGAGAAGGGGAUGGAAUCUGGGAGAAGGGGAUGGAAUCUGGGAGAAGGGAUGGAAUCUAGGAGAAGGGGAUGGAAUCAGGGAGAAGGGGAUGGAAUCUGGGAGAAGGGGUGGAAUCAGGGAGAAGGGGAUGAAAUCUGGGAGAAGGGAUGGAAUCUAGGAGAAGGGGAUGGAAUCAGGGAGAAGGGGAUGGAAUCUGGGAGAAGGGGAUGGAAUCUGGGAGAAGGGGAUGGAAUCUGGGAGAAGGGGAUGGAAUCUAGGAGAAGGGGAUGGAAUCAGGGAGAAGGGGAUGGAAUCUGGGAGAAGGGAUGGAAUCUGGGAGAAGGGGAUGAACUCUGGGAGAAAGGGAUGGAAUCUGGGAGAAGGGGAUGGAAUCUAGGAGAAGGGGAUGGAACCAGGGAGAAGGGGAUGGAAUCUGGGAGAAGGGGGGGAUGGAAUCUGGGAGAAGGGGAUGGAAUCUGGGAGAAGGGGAUGGAAUCAGGGAGAAGGGGAUGGAAUCUGGGAGAAGGGGGUGGAAUCUGGGAGAAGGGGGUGGAAUCUGGGAGAAGGGGAUGGAAUCUGGGAGAAGGGGAUGGAAUCUGGGAGAAGGGGAUUGAAUCUGGGAGAAGGGGAUGGAAUCUGGAAGAAGGGGAUGGAAUCUGGGAGAAUGGGAUAGAAUCUGGGAGAAGGGGAUGGAAUCUGGGAGAAGGGGAUGGAAUCUGGGAGAAGGGGAUAGAAUCUGGGAGAAGGGGAUGGAAUCAGGGAGAAGGGGAUGGAAUCUGGGAGAAGGGGAUGGAAUCUGGGAGAAGGGGAUGGAAUCUGGGAGAAGGGGAUAGAAUCUGGGAGAAGGGGAUAGAAUCUGGGAGAAGGGGAUGGAAUCUAGGAGAAGGGGAUGGAAUCAGGGAGAAGGGGAUGGAAUCUGAGAGAAGGGGAUGGAAUCUGGGAGAAGGGGGUGGAAUCUGGGAGAAGGGGAUGGAAUCUGGGAGAAAGGAGAAGGGGAUGGAAUCAGGGAGAAGGGGAUGGAAUCUGGGAGAAGGGGAUGGAAUCUGGGAGAAGGGGGUGGAAUCUGGGAGAAGGGGAUGGAAUCUGGGAGUAGGGGAUGGAAUCUGGGAGAAGGGGAUGGAAUCAGGGAGAAGGGGAUGGAAUCAGGGAGAAGGGGAUGGAAUCUGGGAGAAGGGGAUGGAAUCUGGGAGAAGGGGAUGGAAUCUUGGAAAGGGGAUGGAAUCUGGGAGAAGGGGGUGGAAUCUGGGAGAAGGGGAUGAAAUCUGGGAGAAGGGGAUGGAAUCUGGGAGAAGGGGAUGGAAUCUGGGAGAAGGGGGUGGAAUCUGGGAGAAGGGGAUGGAAUCUGGGAGAAGGGGAUGGAAUCUGGGAGAAGGGGAUGGAAUCAGGGAGAAGGGGAUGGAAUCAGAGAGAAGGGGAUGGAAUCUGGGAGAAGGGGAUGGAAUCUGGGAGAAAGGGAUGGAAUCUGGGAAAGGGGAUGGAAUCUGGGAGAAGGGGGUGGAAUCUGGGAGAAGGGGAUGA